AUGGCAAGGCUCGGCAACUUCUCUACCAUGGCCAUCUUCUUCGCCGUCUACAGCGUGCUCAUGGCCUCCUCCACACUUGCAGACGCCAGUUCCCCUACACUGUCACCGGCGCCGGCGCCGGCCACUGAAGAGGAUCAAUCAUACUUGGACAGCAUUUCGCCGAAAGAAAGGACGUUGCUGGAGGAUUGCGCAGAGAAGCUGGACCCGGAGUGCGGCGACGAGGUUGUCAAUGGAAUGUUCGAUAAGACGACCAUUUCCGGUACCUGUUGCAGCCAGCUCGUGAAGAUGGGGAGGACAUGCGAGAAACACCUUGUCGCGCUGAUUGCCAACUCACCCGAGUACAUGGCGUCGGAGGCACAGAUUAUGUCGAACGCCGAGGAGGCUUGGAACCAGUGCGCCGCGGCUUUGAAGCCUUCCUCUCCCCCUCCUUCACCAUUCUAG